AUGGGCCCAAUGCUUGAGGUGUGCUCGCCAGAAGCCGGUGGGAAACGCGACCCUCGCAGACUGACGAAGCUGUCGAUAGACUCGCCGGGCUUCAGCGAUCGCAACUUCCUGUGGCUAUUGUCUCUGAACUCAACCUUCGGCAUUCGCUUCCCACAAGCAAAGGCCAGCAAAACUACAGCAAACGCUGACUGUGACCAUCGUGCGUCAGCACCUGUGACCUCUCUGGCUUGGCAGCUCGUGGCACCGGGUGCUGCGGGCUCGCGGUUCUUUACCAUAGAUGAAUCCAACUUCGGGCUGCAGCUCGGUUCUCUGUGCUACCUGCCAGAGGGCCAUGACCCCGCGCUUCCCAGCCAGGGCAAGGUAGGAGAAGCCUUCAAAUGUACUCCUUGUCCCGAUGUCCGCCGCGACAUCGUCUGCAUUCCCUGCCACGGCUUUCCCGCUGACUGGCAUCUGGCUCGUGAACUGGGCAAGCAGCCGCUUGCGAAUGAGAUGGAGGCUGUAAGAAGGCUGCGUGACGUGGAUGCCGACCUGCUUCAAGUUCUCAGCAGCUCCGAUGAUGUUUCCUUGCCGCGCCGCAAGCGCUUAGAGAGAUUGGGGUCCCGGGGUCGGCGUCGGCGACUCCUUGAAUGUGCAGAGCAAGAGUACCAUCGGCGUCGGGAAGUGCAAGAAAGGGAGCUGAAGAGGCGCCAGGAUGCGGCAGUGGCCCAGCUGGUCGCCAGCGGCUUCCAUGUCACCGAUGUGCAGGAAGUGCUACCACAUUGCGACGGUAGUACCGUAAGAUGUGAGGCAGUGUUGAGGGUGGCAUUCGCAAAAUACCGUUCUUCUGCAGAGCAAGCUGCAGCCGAUGGCUUGGGCGACGUGAAUGCAGCAGAGGCACAUCGAGUGCUCUUUGGAAUCUCGCCCUGGCACUGCGCUUAUCAGAAGCGGCAUGUGGAUUUGGAGGUCAUUGGGUGCCAUGCUUGGCAGCGGCUGUUCAGGCUUGGUGGCUGUCCAGUGCUGGGUUUGCGAGCUUUGUCCUCUUCGGAGCCCUUGCUGGUGGCUGUUGGCCGCAUAGCAGCCGAGGAGGAGGCACGCUUUCGCCGAGACAGCAAUGAGCGCUUCGAUCUGUCGAUGGCGAAGAAGCAGGUCUGUUCCAAAGCAGAGCAGCCGCAGCCGGCGUUUUCCUGGGGCUGUUGCAUUGGGCCACGGCGGGCACUGCGCUACCUUUGUGAAUGUCUGCUGCAGUUCGGAGAAAGGAAAAAGUGCGUGAAUGCAGAAUGUCUACAGUGGCAGAUUGCACUCAUUGCAGGCGAGGGGCUUCACUUUGCCUACAAGUAUGCUAGCGACGACGCUUGGGAUGCCCUCCUGGCUUCUGCAAAUGCCGGGGGCGAGAACGUGCACCGCAACGAGGUGCUAGGGUUGCUGCUGGGUGCUGCACAGGGGCGGCAGGGUCUGAAAGCCCAGGAGGAGGGAUUGAAGCAUUAUGCUGAGCUGGAAGAGGAGAUUCAGGCAGUUGUCGAGCAGGCCUCAGCGACAAUGAGAUCGUCAGACCUUUGA